UAAUGGGCUGUAAUAGUUCAAGAAAAAAUCUUUAAGAAAAGAGUUCUUUAAAUAGUAAAGAACUGGAGAAAUGUAAUGAGAAAUUUAAGAAAUUGUCAUCAAUAGCACCAGGGUAAUUUAAAAUCAUAUAAAUUAGAAAAGCAGAAUAAUUUAUUGCCAUUGAAGGUUUUAGAACAGCCUUCACAGAAAAUAUGUAAUUAGCUGAUAAAAUCUAUAAAUUUAUCAAAAGUUAGAGUGAUACAAACAUAGUGAAUAGAGAAACUUUUGUUUUAUCAAGUAAUUAUGUUAAAAACGAUUAUUAGUGGAACUAUUUACAAAAUAGAAAUCAGAAAUAUAUGUUUAUACAAAUAACUACAAGCAUUUAGAACAAUAUUAAUUAUUAUUAUUGAUAUCUAUUUAACAUCCUGAAAUUUACAAGAAAGAAGAAUUCAAGUUGUAAAUGUUAACUAAAGUUGAAAUUACAUUUUUAUAGGCAGGGAUAUUUAUUAAAGAGAUAAUAAAUAUGUUGAGUCCAAAAGGUAAUAGAUUAAGUGAUGAUGAUGAUGUAGCAGCUAAACUAUUGAUCAAUAAUAUUUUUGGAGGUAAUUUAAAUAAAUAUUCUAUAGAUAAAACUAGUAAUAUGGAUUUAUAAUAGUUUUGUAAUUAAAUAAAGAUGGAAGUUCCUUUAAUUAAUACAGUUAUAAGAAGAUAUUUUGCAGGUAAAUUUACAGAUUCCUCUCACAAGAUUUAACUUCCAGAAUUGACUGAUAAUUCCCUAAUUAUUAAUUAUCAAAUAUUGGGAUUGUUUUAUUUAAGCACUCCAUGGUUCUACUAAACCAAAAAAUUGAAUUUAUUAUUUUCUUAUUAAGAAGGUUAGGAUUAAUUUGAUUUAAACCUUUUAUCUAAUCAAUUAUUAUCCUAAAAUUCUCCAACUCUAUUAUUAUUUAGACAUGUUGAACGAUUAAAUAAAUAUGAAAAAUUACCUUAUUAACAUACACCUGAUGAAAAUUUGGAUGCAUUUGAAUAACAUUAUUUAUUUGGUUAUUUCAAUUCAUCAAGGUGGAGAUUAGCACCAGACAUUACAGGAGAUAAGAAUUCAUCAAUAUUUUCUAUAGUUCCAAAAUAUUAAUAAUUUAUAACUGGUAAAGGUAAAGGACAAAGCAAAUAUGCCUUAUUAAAUAGUGAUUAAGGAAGACCAUUGCCUUAAUCAUUAUAAAAGAAAUUAAGUAAAUUCGGAUUGGGUAUUGGAGGUAGUGGAUAUGAACAACACAGAAUUUGGAUUGAUGGUUCAAAUUUGAAAGAUAGCUAUAUUACAGAUGAUGAUAAGACAUUUGCAACAGGUCAUAUAUUAGCAUCUCACAUUACAAAAUUAAAUAUUGAUAGAAUUGAAGUAUGGAGUGUUGAAUUCAUUUCCACUUAAUAAGAUAUGUCUCAUUUUAGAUAAACUCAAAUGAAUCAGUAAUUAAUAUUAUCUUAUUAUUUAAAGUAUAAAUUAAUUAUUGGAAGAUGAAAUUCCAAAAUAAAAUGUAGAUCCUGGAUCACUUAUCAAUUCAAUUAAAAAUAGAAAUUCAAGAAUUCAAUCUGCUAUACAUACCCAAUAAGUAGAAGAAGAGAAAUAUGGAUAAUGAA